AACGAAUGAUCCCGCGUAGCUGCGAGUCCGCCUGUAGUUUGAGUGAGAGCGGCGGCAGCGCUGUUUGUGUGUUGAGCUCAGUUUUAGAUCAGAAUAUCCGUCAUUUUUAGCUUUUGAACAGUAAAUGAAGCGCAGUGUUUUAUAGUGUGUGUAGUUUUAACUCCGCUGAGAGCUUUAGAAGCGUCUGGCUGGCUGUUAAUCAGGUUCAGCUGCUGUUAGCCUGUUAGCACUGAACCAAACACUCACAGACUCAAACAGUCAAACCCCCUCCGCUGCCCCGCUCCUACUGCUUUACUGCAAAAUGGCAAAGAGAAAGAAGCUCUCCAACAUGGUGAUUGCGUGUGAGUGGGCAUCUUGCACUUUCAAGGGAGAAAGCAUGGAGGAGCUUAGUGAUCACAUGUCUGAACAUCUGAAGGAGCAUCUUGGUGAAGGAGAUACGAUGGAGGAGCUCGAUGAUUACCCGUGUCUGUGGCAGGGCUGUGAGUUCCUGGCUAUGGGGAGCCCAAAUGAGCUGGUCGCUCACGCGCAUUUCCACAUCUUCCACAGCAAACUUAAGUUCAUUGGGACCCAACUUCUGCAGUCGCAUCCGGAGCUGCCCAGCUGCACUCAGGAACUCCACAGCAACAACCUCAUCACAGACAUCUCAGAGGGAUUCGUGUGUCAGUGGGAACACUGUGAUAGCACUUUCAAUAAUCCAGAGUGGUUCUACAGACAUGUGGACAUGCAUGCACACUGCACAGAACUGCAGCCGCUCCCAGACCGACAGCAGGCCCUUUUCUGCAGCUGGAAAGGUUGUGAUGCGUUCUUUAAGAUAAAGUAUCGGCUGCGGGAGCACCUGCGCAGCCACACCCAGGAGCGCCUAGUGGCCUGCCCCACCUGCGGCUGCAUGUUCUCCAGCAACACCAAGUUCUAUGAUCACAUUCAGAGACAAGCUGAGCCUGAAGAUACUCUGACCUGUGGCCAUUGUGACAAGGGCUUUGCUAAUGAAAGAUUGCUGAGAGAUCACGUUCGACAGCACGUGAAUCACAUAAAAUGUCCCCUCUGUGACAUGACUUGCACGUCCCUUUCCACCCUGAAGAUCCACAUCAAGUUCCGGCACUGUGACGAACGGCCCUUCCCAUGUGACUUCUGUGAGAGCAGCUUCAAGAACCAGCAUGAUCUGAGGAAGCACAUGGAGACCCAUAAUGAAGGAGCAGCGUAUCACUGCUCAGUGGAAGGCUGUGGAUACUCGUCUCGCAUGGCUCACACCAUGAACCAGCACUACAAGAGAGUGCACGAGGGAAACAUGGUGUCCAGAUAUAAAUGUCAUCUGUGUGACAAGAACUUCUCAUGGUGUUACACCCUUACCCUCCACCUGCGAAAGAAACAUCAGCUCAAAUGGCCGUCUGGACACUCGCGCUUCAGGUAUAAAGAAGACGAGGACGGAUACCUGAGACUCAACAUGGUUCGCUUUGAGACAGUGGAGGUUACAGAAGAGCUGAUAAAGAACAUGGCGGAAAAGCGCACCCCACGCAAGGUCUCUGGGUCAGGCGGCCAGGGUAAGAGGCCAGCACUGCAGGCAGAGUGUGUGAACGAUGUUCCCACGCAAUCUUCCUCAUAUCCCUCCUCUUCCUCAUCAUCCAGCCCAGAGCUCCUGGGUGAGGCUGAACCUAGCCCUGUGAAGGACUGUGCUCCUGUGUACUGCGUCCUCGACACAGUGAGCGAGAUGAACGGGGAGCCGGACGCCACUGAGCAGCCAGUUACUACUGAAUCAGGUGCAGUCCGAGCCCUGGCUGCAGUGGCCAGAGGGCUGGGUAUGGAUGUAGUGUGAGAGGAACAUUAUCAGUGUUAUAUCAUCUGAUUUACAUAGCACAUAGUCUCAUUAAGUUCUACUGAACAAGAGUAGUGCUCCUGUGCUUACAGGACCUCUAGAUUUCAGUUUUUCAGAGGACUAAGAAUUUUAGCUUGUUUUAAAGUUUAAGUUUUUAGCAUUUUACAAUGUCAGCUUUCAUUUUUUCAAAAUCUCAGGUUCUCAGUGUAAUUAUAGAGAGGAUUUUGUCUGUUUCACGUUUGUGUUUUAGAUAAUAUUUUUGUGUCGUUAUUUAUACUUGUAUAAAACUUUGGUGUACAAUUCCUUCAGGUAUGCUUAUUUUUAAAUGGCCUUU